AGUCUUGACCCAUCAGUGAAGACAGAGAAUAAAUGAAAAUGGGGACCAAGAGAAGACAGAAAUUGUUCACUGCACACAAAUUCUCUCAGUAAUUGUGAGAAGGCAGUGGCACCACUGAAAAUGAAAAUGGAUGGCACCACUGAUAUCUGAAAAUGGAUGGCACCACUGAAAAUGAAAAUGGAUGGUGUUUGGCUUUAUGCAACAAAAUCAUCCAUUUACAGAUGAAAAGGAUACCAAAAUAAAAGCCAAACUUGUUUCCUAUCAUUGAAGUUGAAAUUUGACUGGGAGAACCAAAAGCAAACCCUUCACCCUCUGUAGGCUGAGAAUUUUUUGCUGUUUUCAGCUUCUAAAAUAUGACAGAAGCAGGUUAAAAAUGCGCAGUUGAGAAUUUUCUGUAGGCUGAGAAUCUUUUGCUGUUUUCAGCUUGUAAAACACGAGAGAAGCAGGUUAAAAAUGUGCAGUGCUGUCACCCAAACACGAGGAUUCAGCAGGAAUCCUGACAAAAAGGCACAAAACACUUCAGGGCCCUGUAUUAGAAACUUAUUUUCUAUUAUUUUUUUCUACUCCUCCAAGUUUGGAAAGUGAAAUUCACGCCCCUCACUCCUCAAUAAAGAACCCACAUCACAAAACUCAUCCCUAAAAGCAGAAUAUUCCUGGAUUAUCAGAUCCUGGAGUGAAUCCUAGGGAUGGAAGGUCCCUGUUUCAUUUGUACCCUGCCAAGAUCUGGGAGGGGGUAAAUUCAGGAGAACCAGGUGAGCUGAAGGGCAUUCCAGGAUCUGGGAGGGGAUAAAUUCAGGAGAACCAGGUGAGCUGAGGGGCAUUCCAGGAUCUGGGAGGGGAUAAAUUCAGGAGAACCAGGUGUGCUGAGGGGCAUUCCAGGAUCUGGGAGGGGAUAAAUUCAGGAGAACCAGGUGAGCUGAGGGGCAUUCCAGGAUCUGGGAGGGGAUAAAUUCAGGAGAACCAGGUGAGCUGAGGGGCAUUCCAGGAUCUGGGAGAGGAUAAAUUCAGGAGAACCAGGUGAGCUGAGGGCCAUUCCAGGAUCUGGGAGGGGAUAAAUUCAGGAGAACCAGGUGAGCUGAGGGGCAUUCCAGGAUCUGGGAGGGGAUAAAUUCAGGAGAACCAGGUGAGCUGAGGGCCAUUCCAGGAUCUGGGAGGGGAUAAAUUCAGGAGAACCAGGUGAGCUGAGGGCCAUUCCAGGAUCUGGGAGGGGAUAAAUUCAGGAGAACCAGGUGAGCUGAGGGGCAUUCCAGGAUCUGGGAGGGGAUAAAUUCAGGAGAACCAGGUGAGCUGAGGGCCAUUCCAGGAUCUGGGAGGGGAUAAAUUCAGGAGAACCAGGUGAGCUGAGGGCCAUUCCAGGAUCUGGGAGGGGAUAAAUUCAGGAGAACCAGGUGAGCUGAGGGCCAUUCCCACAAGCUCCUCACCACCCGGUGCCUCGCGCACGGCGAUUCCGACCCGCCGGAAUUUCACUGGAGCUCCACCACCCUAAACUCGGGAAGGGAACAGAAUUCACCUCCUUAGGCCAAAAAAACUCUGGCAAAACAGAUGUUAUGACUGAGCUCAUCCCUCACCUGGCUGGUUUUUUGGGAACACCGCUCAUUAAACGCCUCCCUGGCAUCUCCGCGCGAGCGAAUCCGGGCGCGAUUUUGGGCGGGCGAUUCCCUCGGGAGGCAGGGAGGGAUUUGUGGCACCAGGUUUUGCUCAGCCCUCACACAACUGACUCGCACUCAGGUCUGCUUUUGUGAUCUAAUCCUGCAAUCAGCACACAAGCACCAUCCUGGAGAUACUUUAGGAGAAGAUGGAAAAUCCAAACUAAUACUUUCCGCUAUUUUCUGCUUUCCGCCGCAAACUGACCUACUUAGAGAUGAAAGGGGGGGAAAAAAAGGGUUUUAAUGCAUUUUUUUCCCCCCUCAACAAAAGUGAUGGCCAUUUAGUCCUUUCAGAAAGGGAGCUGGAGGAAGAUGGCAGUGUUGACAUUAAAAUGGCUCUGAAAUCCCAGGAAAUGAACCCAGCACGGUUUCCACAAGGCAACGGACUGGCCCAAGCUGGCCUGAGCUUGAUGGGAUAAAGAUUCUGCUCACUGAAAUAAAUCAAUCAAGAGAAACAGCACCCAAAAAAACCCCAAACACAUUAAAAAAAAACACUAAAUAAAAAGUGAAAAUUAAAAAAAAGAGUUGAUUUAGGAUUCAGUGUUGCAAUUAAAGAGUAAGGAUUGGCUCUCUGAAAAUCCCACAGUGGAAGGGCUCUUCACAUUCCCUCCCACCCAGAAAACGAGGUCAUGGCUUUAUCACAUCAUUAAUAUAUCCAUUAUUGAUGCAUUUUAUAACUUUAAAAAGUUAUAAAAGUAGAAAUUCAGGUAGUUCUAAACAAUUUUAUUGCAGAACCUUUAAGAAUUCUCAGUGAGGGCAAUAAAACAAAAUCCUGUAGCUCCAGCUCCUCACUCCUUGUGCUGUAGGAGUUUUGGUGGCAGUUUUUAUACUCUUAAAGUUUUGUUCAUAUUGAUGCAAAAAUCUUAAUGUCUCACUCUUCCAGAAUUUCCAGAUCCUAUCCCUAAUAUUUUGUCAGAAGAAUUCUGAAAAGGUUUUCUUGACCAAAAGUAGAACAAUAAAUGUAAUUAAUUUGCACACCGGCUUUCCUUAAAAUACCCCUAAAUAAAGGAAGUUGGUAAGAAUUUGGCUCUGCAAAAUCCUUGACAUCAAUUUUUUUUUUCCAUAAAAGAUACCUGGAAACUACAACUUUUAUGAGAUGUGAGUGGGAAAGAGUACAGUGGGAAAAGCUGAAAAAACCUGGGAGAAGAAAAUAUGGAAAAGUUUUCUUCAGGCAGUGCUGAAGAUCUCCUAAAAUGAAAUAAAGAUUAGGUGAGAAAUAAUAACUGAAAAUUAGGAGCCUUUUAGUCUAAAGUCUGAAGUAAAGAGAAAGGAAUAGAAAUUGUGUCUUGUAGUAAAAAACUGUUUAUUUUGAACUUCAUUUUUAAGGGAGAGGCAAAGAAGUAGAAAGAGUAUUUUGAAUAAUUUGUAUGAAUAAGAUGGGAAUGACAUCGUGCACUAGAGAUAAAAGGGAGCUCGUGGAAAAUGCCUUUUUCUCUCAAAGCCCAAAAGCCACACAAAAAAAUCCCAUUUCUUUCCUGGAUUUACAGAAUAAGGUUGUGCUGCAGAAAAAUCGGUGAUUUUGUACAACUGGACUGAAAAACCAGAUUUGGAAGGGGAUGUUGCUGCUGCAGGAACGUGGCAGUGCCAAACUGACAAGGCAUUUUUAAGUGCUAACACUCAGGGCUGGAUGGAAUUAGGAAUGGAAAGGUUGUGCUGCUGCUGAGGAGGUAAAAACUCCACUGACUGAGGAGAUGAAGCAGGUCUGGGAGGCACUGCCUCAAUAACCCACCCCAGAAAAAUCACAGCUGUACAAAAGACUGAUCUUUUAUGGAAAAGGAUUUUCAGGCAGUGUUAUACACAAACAAAAAUGUAUUUAUACACACAGAUAUUAAAAAAAACCCCAUAAUUUCAUUUUCUCACCCUUCUGCUAUUUCAGGGGUAGUCAAGGCUGUAUUUUAAAAAGUCUCUAGAUGAUAAUGGUCUCCUAAUUUUCACCACUCAUCUGUUGGCAUGGCCUGUCAUUUUGCACUUAGUUCCCCUUGCUGGAAUGUCAAUUAUUAUCAGGUUAGGAAGAUAAGCCACUUAGAGGAAAUCAAGUGCCACUGUCACUGGGGAGGAGGGGGUCAGCCCGUGCCAGGGAGGGUGACUCAGCUGCAUUUGGUAAAGGCAAGGUCCAAUUACAGCAGCUGGCACUUGGCUCGUGCCAUGCCUGGCAAAAAUGGCCCUGAUUUCACAGAUCCCAGGAUUUCACAGAUCCCAGGAUGGCUUGGGUUGGAAAAGGCUUUAAAUCCCACCCAGUGCCACCCCUGCCCUGCCAUGGCAGGGACACCUCCCACUGUGCCAGGCUGCUCCAGCCCCAGUGUCCAGCCUGGCCUUGGGCACUGCCAGGGAUCCAGGGAUGGAAUUCCAUCCCAGCCCUGCCCACCCUGCCAGGGAACAAUUCCUCAUUGCCAAGAUCCCAGCCAGCCCUGCCCUCUGGCACUGGGAGCCAUUCCCUGGCUGCUGUCCCUGCAUCCCCUGGGAAUUGUCUCUCUCCAGCUUUCCUGGGGCUCCUCCAGGCCCUGCAAGGCCACCCUGAGCUCAGCCCAAAGCUUCUCCUGUGCAGGUGAGCAAUGCCAGCUGUGCCAGCCUUUCCUGCCAGCAGAGCUGCUCCAGCCCUCUGCCCAUCCUGGAGCCUCCUCUGGGCUCUCUGCAGCAGCUCCAGCUCCUCCAGGGCUGGCCCAGGGCCGGGGCAGCUCUGCAGGUGGGAAAUCACCUGUGGGGCACAGGGACAGAACCCAAAUCCCAAUCCCAAUCCCAAUCCCAAUCCUAAUCCCAAUCCUAAUCCCCAUCCCAACCCCUUUCCUGCUGCUCUCUCCUCCCUGGAUGCAGCCCAGGAUUUUGAUGGAUUUUGGGGUUCCCAGCACUCACUGGCUCCUGUCCAGCUUUUCACCCAUGAGAUCCCCAAGUUCUUCCCCUCAUUUCUGCUCCCAGUGAAUUCUCCUUCCUGGCUGGGAUUGCCCUGACCCAGGAGCAGCCCCUGGCCCUGGGAACUGUGGAACUCCACGAGGUUCUCCUGGGCCACCUCUCAGAUCUGUUCCCACAGAAACCCAACCAUCCUCCCAAGAGAAACAAAAGCAACCCCAGCCAAUGGAAUGCUCCUUCCCAAGGAUCCCCACGUGGUUUUUGUGGGAUUUUGAUACUGAACAGAAACACAGGAUCUGUGCAGAACAUCCCCCAACCCACAGCUGCCACACAGAGGGAUCUUCUCCUCUCCUGCCCCAGCCCUGCCCAGGCAGGUCCAACCCUCAUCCCAGAAAUUCCUUAUCAUCCUGCUUUGGAUUUUGUCAUUUUGAAGGAUUGGCUGCUGAACCAAGCAGGGUGGAAGAGCUGGAGUUGUAGGAUGGAUUUCAUUCAGGGAAGUGUCAGCCUCCUGAUGAAUUGGAUAAAUGUUACCAGAUAAAGCUGCUUGUUUUAUUUUCUGUUUUAUUAACCAGCAGCAGGGCCGAGCAGGAAAAACCUGACAGCAUUUUGAUACGGUUGCUGCUGCUUGCAUGGAAAAAAGCCUUUUAUGAGAGUUGUUUAAAGCAGAUAAGGAACUGAAUGUGCUGAACACAUGGGCAGAACAACCCCUCCAAACCAGCUCGACUGGGGUGAUCAGGAGCAGAUUCUCACUGGUGUCUGCUGGUUUUUAAUGACAUCCUUGUCAACACGUAACCUGAGAAGGCAGACACCAUGGUAACAGCCUGAACACGGCCUCCUUAAAGAGAAUAAUUGUGUGAAGCACAAAUAGAAACAUCUUGACUCUUGUAGUCUCUUAAUCCACUUAGAGAAACGCUUUCCAAUCCAUCAAGCAGCGUUUUCUGGAUCUUGUUGAACAUCUGUCC